AUGGAGCCUCAAAAACCAUCAGAGCCUUCUCUCUCUGAAACUUCGACAAUUAUCUCAGCCACGAAUGGCUCACCCUCCAUCCUCAGAGCCACAAUGGAAUUGGAAACUACCCACAAAGAAGAAGAAAAGCAACCGCAAUACAAAGAAGAAGAUGAUCCCGUACUGGAUCUGCGCCUCUCCAAUCAAGAAUCGAGCCAAGAGCUGAAUUUCAUCGACUGUUUCAAGGUGUUGGACUCAUCCUCUGAUCAUGAUCAAGAUCAAGGUAAUGAAACUGAGCCUAAAGCAUUUUCAUGUAACUACUGCCAGAGAAAAUUUUAUAACGCACAGGCACUGGGAGGCCACCAAAAUGCACACAAACGAGAGAGAACACUGGCGAAACGAGGCCACCGGAUUGCUGGAGGUGGUGCAGCGGUACGAUAUUAUAGCAUGGCCUCACUUCCUCUGUAUAGCUCUAAUUUCUAUAAAUCACUUGGAGUUCAAGAGCACUCCAUGAUCCACAAGCCAUCUUUUGCUCCAUGCCGUAAUGGAUGGUCUAGACGGCCCGUUGAUCGAACACGCCCAAUAGGGAAUCUUUUGAAUCGAGGAGGUAAUGACACUGUUAGAUUCGAGGACAGUGUACUUCCAGCCAUGGAGGGAACCGGAGGAUUUUUGUGGGAUACUGUUAAGCAUUUCAAUAGUAAAAAAGAUGAGUUGAAGCUUGACUUGUCUUUGAAGCUCUAA